AUGCUUUCUAUUUUGUCUAUCGCUGCUCUCCUUAUUGCUACUGUUCAGGCUGCGGACUUUUCUUCGUCAUGUCCAAUUGAUUCACCUAUUUCUUGUUCCAGUAAUGGUGAUACUUCAAACAGUUGUUGUUAUGAGAACCCCGGCGGUAUUAUUUUGUUCACCCAGUUUUGGGACUAUAAUCCAGCAUCGGGUCCAGCUGACUCAUUCACCAUUCACUCUAUUUGGAAUGACUAUUGUUCUGGUGGUUACCCACAAUUUUGUGAUACCUCUUUGGAAAUCGACAGUACUGGUAGUACUAUUGAGUCGAUUGUUGUUGACCAGUUUGGAGAUCAAACUUUGUAUGACAAUAUGAAUAAAUACUGGACCGAUAUCAACGGAAACAACAAAAAAUUUUGGGCUCACGAAUUUAACAAACACGGAACAUGUUUGAACACUUUGAACCCAUCUUGUUACUCCAAUUACAAGCAAAAUGAAAAUGUCUAUGACUACUAUAGUCUUGUUUAUCAAUUAUUCCAAAAAUUACCAACCUAUCAAUGGUUAGUUAGUGCUGGAAUUAAACCUUCCACAACUGCUACUUAUACCUUGUCCCAAAUCCAAAGUGCUUUGAAGAGUAAAUUUGGUGCUGAAGUUUACAUUGCUUGUGACUCCAAUAAUGCGAUCAAUGAAGUUUGGUAUUUCUACAACAUUAAGGGUUCCAUCUUGCAACAAAAUUAUCUUCCAAUAGACACUGUUUCAAAGACCAACUGUCCAAGCUCUGGUAUUAAAUUCCCUCCAAAAGGUAAUUCUGGUGCUAAUACUUUAACUACAAAAACAACUGGAACUACUACUUCUGGUUCUGGAUCUACUUCAGUUCCAGCUACAUCUUAUAUCAACUUGACUGGAAAAUCAGGUUGUCUCAUCUCGAAUGGUAAAUACUAUACUUCUGGAACUUGUGCAACCUAUCAUUUUAACGCUGGUUCUUCCGGUAAUACCCAAAUCACUUCGUCUAAGGGUAAUUGUGGAAUUGAUUCUAGUAACCAGUUUACUUGUAGCUCUUCAACUAGUGCAACUGAUUUCCAAGUAUCGGGUGGUAGUAUCGGAUACAAUGGUAACUUUGAUUGGUGCUUGGGUGCUGUCACUGGAUCUGGAUCAACUGCCCAGACAAGUGUUAAAUUGUCUGAUGGUUCAUGUAGUUCUUUCAAAUUAACACUUUCAUCUUAG